UCUCUGCCUCAUUUAUACUUCCUGCUCCCAGUGAUGGCGGCUGCUGAUCUGAGAGAUGAGCUGAGCUGCCCUGUGUGCCGGGAGUUCUACACCGACCCUGUAACCCUGCCCUGUGGCCAUAACUACUGCCGGGUCUGUAUUGGGAGAUAUUGGGACUGGCAGGAGGGGAUAGAGGAGGAUCUGACCUGCCCGGAAUGCAGACACAGGUACUGGGGGCGCCCAGAACUGAAAAUAAAUGUGACACUGAGCAGCUUAGUGCAGCGUCUCCUCCCUACUCCCCCCGAGCAGCAUGGGCCUGGGAUCUACUGUACUUCAAUCUACUACUCCCUUGUUACUGACUGUAGAUCCGGCCGGGUUACUGCCUGCUCUACAUGUCUCCUGUGUAACAUGUCUCUGUGCUAUGAACAUGCCACAGCACACAGCAAUAUUACACAACAUGAAUUAACUGCCCCCACCCCCUCCCAGAGGGACAGACACUGCCCCAAGCACCCAGAGCUGCUGCUGGAGUAUUACUGCCCCCAGGAUGGAGUCUGUGUCUGUGCCUCGUGCUACAGGGUGGGGGAGCACAGGGACCACAGGGUGGAGACACUGAGUGAGGCCUCAGAGAAGAAGAAAGAGAAACUGAGGGAAGUUCUGGAGAAACUGAGCCCCGAGAGAGAGGAGACUGAGGGGCAAAUCCAGAGGCUGCAGGAGCGCUUGAGGGAAGUGCCGGGGAAAGCAGCCGGAGAGACAGAGAGAGUCACUGCCCUGUUUAGGGGCAUCAGGAAAUGGCUGGAAGCCCUAGAGAAGCAACUCCUGAGGGACAUCUCCUGGCAACAAGAGAAGAUUUCCCUCAAACUCCUUGAGCUGAUCCAUCAGCUGGAGAUAAAGAAGGACGAGCUGUACAUGAAGACCCGUCACAUUGAGGAGCUGUGCAACAUGGCAGCUCCACUCACUGUCCUACAGGCACGGGAACCUGAUGGGGCUGAAUUUUAUGAGGCUGAGGGGGGCAACAGAAAGAGCAGAAAGAUGGAGGAUAUAAAUGCCCCGGCUGUAGGGGAUCUGGAUGUGGGUCGGAUCUCAGAGACAUUACUCACAGGGUUGGAUCAGAUUGUACUUGGGGUAAAGGGAUGGCAGUCCCCUGGGCAGGAGGCUACAGACCUGGUACUGGAUAUAAACACGGCUGGGAAUUAUCUAUCUAUAUCAGGGGACAGGAAAUCUGCUUCCUUGUCUUCAACCUCUAAAAGUCCCCCAGAAACCCCAGAGAGAUUUAAGACCCCUCAGGCUUUAAGCACCAGGAGUUUCCCCUCAGGGCGACAUUACUGGGAAAUGGAGGUCAGUGAGUCAGGGGAGCGGCGGGUAGGUGUGGCCUAUCCCAGUAUGGAGAGAGAUGGAGAGAUUGGGGAUAACAACAAAUCCUGGUGUUUAGUUAUAUAUAAAGAUAAAUAUUCAGUGAGACAUAGAGGUAAAAGCACACACUUACCUCUCAAGCCUUCCUACAGGAGAAUCAGGAUCAGGUUGGACUAUGAGGCCGGACUUGUGUCCUUUUAUGAGCUGAGUGAGCCAAUCAGGCACUUACACACCUUCACUGCCUCCUUCACUGAGCCCCUUCAUGCUGCAUUCGGGGCACGGCAGGGUGGUCCUUAUUAUUGUAGUGAUGAUGGUGAUGAAGAUGUCUGGGUGAGAAUCAUUAGUAAGUGCAGUGACAGCCCCUGAGCACUAGGGGGAGAUAUAGAGAAAUAGUGUAACAGUACCAGCUGAUCCAGGCUCAGGAAAGAAACAUUAUUACUAUUAGCAGGUUAAUGAUUUACUCUGUAAUCUUUGUUUGGUGAAUUAUUGUAAGGCCCCUGUUUGUUAUAAGUUAAUGUUAUAAAUACAUGAUGAUGAUGAUGAUGAUGAUGAUGAUGAUGAUGAUGAUGGGAAUGUGUGGAAGAAAUGGACAAGUGGCCAAACUCACACGGUGACCCUCCCUCCCAGUGGGACAGAUUUAGGCAGUGGUCGUAUCCUGCCCUUUAUCAGUCUAUUUUAAUGGGGGUAUGAAACCCACCAAACCCACUGCCCAUUAUGGGUGGGACAAACCGGGGCAGUAAGCAGCCAUUUUCUUCCCACUCCUUAAUCUAACGCUGCCUCCCUGUAGUGUUACAUUCUCUUUUCUUUUGCAUUUAUGGAAGUCAUUCAAAUUUUCACAUGAAAUGUUCCCUGCGUGAGACUUGUCUCAGGAAAUUCCUACAAUUGUUGACAUUUA